CCGGAUUUUGGGAAGAGGUAGGUCCCAGCAAGUGCGGCCUGGCCGGAUCUUAUACAGGAUCUGAUCUACAGUGUACAUCCCCGAAUGCCACACCUAUCUCCCCACCACCAGGCACCAAACUCCGGCUGCACUAAUCCUCAAUCCUUUCGGAUGAAAGGAAAUUACCUUUUGGGCUCUGGUGCAUCUGCGCAGCACUUUCAACCUGCAGCGAGAUUGGACCAGCGAUAACGGCUGUGGGCGAAGGUCCAACGGGAUGAUAUCCCUGUUCCUGAGAAUGAGCUGGUGGUCUGAGAUUUCCUGUGUAUUGCUCAGAAUAUAAAUAGAUCUUGUGUAUUGCUCGGAUUAUAAAUAGACAGGAAAAUCCAAAGUCAGCUCUGCUUCAGAAUCAGGACAGCCUGGUACAUUUAUCUGCGAAAGUUGCGAUACGUCUGAUCAUGGCUCCCCAAAACGUUGGCAUCAAAGCCAUGGAGCUUUACUUUCCCAGUCGCUAUGUGGCUCAAUCUGAUCUGGAACAAUUCCUCGGUGCCAGCACCGGCAAAUACACAAUUGGCCUAGGCCAGACAAGCAUGAGCUUCUGUGACGAUCGCGAGGAUGUAUACUCCCUCGGCCUGACAGCCGUAUCCUCUCUCCUCCGCAAAUACAACAUCUCCCCGGACUCAAUCGGCCGCCUAGAAGUUGGUACAGAGUCCAUGCUCGACAAAGCCAAAUCCUGCAAAUCUGUACUCAUGCAACUCUUCGGCUGCAACAGCGACAUCGAAGGUGCAGAUACCUACAACGCCUGCUACGGCGGAACAAGCGCUCUUCUCAACGCCGUCAACUGGAUCGAGUCCUCUGCCUGGGAUGGACGUAACGCGAUCGUCGUUGCCUCGGAUAUUGCACUGUACAAGAAUGUCUCGGCGAGACCGACUGGCGGUGUGGGCUGUGUGGCGAUGCUAAUCGGGCCCGAUGCACCGCUGGUGUUGGAGCCGCUACGUGCGUCCUAUAUGCGGCAUACGUAUGACUUUUACAAGCCGGAUUAUAAGUCCGAGUAUCCGGUUGUGGAUGGGCACUAUUCUUCGAGAUGUUAUUUGCAGGCGCUGGAUGGGUGUUAUCGGCGGUAUCGAGAGAAGCAGGCUGAUCGCAAGGUGAAUGGGUUCAAGGUGAAUGGGCUGACGAAUGGAAUCGCGAACGGGCACCUGAGCGAGCAUUCUUCGCUGACGGGCUCGUCGACGGUCCCUCUGGACGAGUUUGACUAUUUUGUCUUUCAUGCCCCUAAUUGCAAGCUGGUUUCCAAGUCUUAUGCACGUCUGCUGUACAAUGACUUUCUUGCGAAUCCGCAGAACGAACUGUUCGGCUCCGAUGUUGUGCCUGCGUCCGCUCAAGAGCAGACCUACGAGGAAUCCUUGAGUGACAAAGCACUGGAGAAACUCUUUAUAGGAAUGUCGAAGGAAAGGUUCACCAAACGAGUCCAGCAAAGCCUCACAGCCCCGACUAUGUGUGGGAACAUGUACACUGCUGGCGUCUACUCGGGUCUCAUCAGUCUACUCAACAACGUUCCGACUGCAGAACUACUCGGUCGACGUGUGGGAGUGUACAGCUUCGGCAGUGGUCUGGCUAGCACGCUCUUCAGUCUACGGGUUGUAGGCGACGUGAGCGAUAUCGUAUCCAAGAUCGACCUGCACGCUCGUCUCGCGGCUCGCGAACGAGUUUCGCCCGAAGUCUACGACGAGAUGUGUAAACUACGCGAGCAGGCAUAUCAACAAAAGAGCUAUACCCCCGCUGGCAGUAUCGACGCGCUGGCACCCGGGACGUACUAUCUCGUCGAAGUCGACGAGAUGUUCCGGCGGACGUACGCCGUCAAGGACUAGAAAAGGCUAGCCGUAACUGAGGUUCAAUAGCACCGUCAUUCAUGUUUCAAUUCUUAGACACACUGUAAUCCAGAUUCAAUUUCACGAGUUAAUCUCUCGCACUUUCUGCUCGU